GUUAUUCUAAGUUGGCCCAGUCCUUGCCUGCCGGUGAAGCAGCUUCCCUUUGGGAGAACCCCUGUGCAGAAUGUUUUUUUAGACAAGUGGUGAAAAUUUCUCAGUGUGCAUGUAGGUUCCCUCCUGUCAGCUUUAUCUGCGAGAACGGCAGCUUGGUGCACAUGUAUUCACUUGCUUUUUGGUUUUUGUUAGUCCUCAAGCUCUGGCGAUGAGGCUCUGAGGGACAAACGUGCUCGGAUCCUGUCACGAGGGCUGCCAAAGCAGAAGCCCAUAGAAGGAGUUAAGCAGGUGGUGGUUGUGGCUUCUGGAAAAGGGGGAGUUGGAAAAUCAACAACAGCAGGCAAAAGAAGUUGGUUUACUUGAUGCAGACAUAUAUGGACCUUCAAUUCCAAAGAUGAUGAACUUAAAAGGAAAUCCAGAAUUAACACCAAAAAAUCUAAUGAGGCCCCUUAAGAACUAUGGAAUCGCAUGCAUGUCUAUGGGUUUCUUGAUAGAAGAGACUGCCCCGGUUGUGUGGAGAGGGCUCAUGGUAAUGUCAGCUGUUGAAAAAUUGUUGAGACAGGUUGACUGGGGCCAACUGGACUAUUUAGUGAUUGACAUGCCACCUGGGACUGGAGACGUACAGCUGUCAGUAUCACAGAAUAUUCCAAUUGCAGGAGCUGUCAUUGUCUCCACCCCACAAGAUGUGGCUUUACUGGAUGCACACAAAGGAGCUGAAAUGUUUAGAAAAGUCCAUGUACCUGUGUUAGGACUGGUUCAAAAUAUGAGUGUUUUCCAAUGUCCCAAAUGUAAGCAUGAGACACAUAUUUUUGGAACUGAUGGCGUAAGAGAUCUGGCAAAAACCCUUGGACUGGAUAUUUUGGGAGAUGUUCCACUGCACAUUAAUAUACGGGAGACGUGUGAUUCAGGACAGCCUGUUGUGAUCUCUCAGCCUCAAAGUGAUGCUGCUAAAGCCUAUCUAAAGAUAGCUAUGGAAAUAUUGAGAAGACUACCAGUCCCUCCUUCUUGAAGCAUUUACCACUGAAGUUUAGCAAAAAAGUGAUCUUUGAUGCAGCCAGUGCAGAAGAGUCCUACUACCUAAUUACAUGGAGGCCAUAUGUUAGUUCUAAGAACUUCUUCAGGAAUUAAUUUACCAGGAGUUAAAUUAUGAUUGUGAUAUUUACUGUUUUUCACAUCAUUGUUUGGCUAUGUCCAAAAGGAUUCAAGUAUGCAAAUGAUGAUACAGUAUAUAACUGCUGAAUUAUAACAUCAUCAAGCAAGAAGGGAUGAAGUACAUUUUUUCCGUGUGCCAUGUUUUAAAGUCAAGAAUGAAAAACAGCCUCUUCAUGCAAGGAUAACGAUGGUAUCUCAAGACAUAAAUUUAAUUUUUAAGCAGGAUUUUCAGUACUCUAAUUUCCUUCAGUUUUUGUUCAGAUUUUCACAUGGUUAGCUAUCAAACUGUCCUUAAGUUCUGCAAGAUUUUAAGAAGCAAAAUCAGUUCUUUAACUGCUGUACUUUUCUGUAUUCAUCUGAAAAGAGGAUUAAAAAUUCCACAUAUACUCUGAAGAGUUCUUGUGAUGGAUGAUGAACAAAUUCAUUCAAUAUUGGAUAAAGUUCGAUCGGGAGGCAAUUCACAGUUUAGUGGAGAACAGAUUAUGUGACCCUGAGGUUUAUUUCUCCACUGUUUUACAGUAUAAUGAACCCAGACAGAAGACAAGGUAACAGAGGUCUUCACUGAAAACCAGAUGUUUUUCCUUAGCUCAGUUUGCCAUGGAAUGCAAAUGAUCAAGAUAAAUUUAUGAUUGCCUAUUUCUACUACAGUGCAGCAACUUGGAAGUUGAAUAUAAAGAUAUAUUUUUGAAGUAAAGAAAUAUUUGGUCUUCAAA